AUUCCUUUGGUAGGUACAGGUCCCUGUAGAGAUUUCCAGGUAAGAAGCAGAGCUGUGGGAGAAGCUGAUCAGUUAAGCCCUGCAAACUCAACUUUCGUUAAGAGGAGUUUUUCAAGGAAGAACCUGGAUUAGACCCAGAGAUGACGUACCCUGUUUGAUUUCUUUUCUCCUUGCACUCUGACCAGCUUUGUGUUUAGGCAGGCUUUUGUUUCUGGCUCCGAGUGUGUCUCGGGGUGUUAAGGGUGAUGUGCUUAGCUUGAUUGGCUCGGCUUGCUUGGGAGUGCUUUGUUCUUCCCACCACCCUCAGGUCAGUUGUGCAACAUGCCCCUACUGCUCAGGAAACAAAAAAAAAGGAGAAAGGAAAAAAAAAGAAAGAAAUGCUGAGUAAUGCCAGAGGUUUCUCAAAUGGCUGAUGCAAACCUGGAGAAUUUGCAUCAUCAUUCAGCUGGAGUAACUUGGUAUGACAAGAGCUUAAAUACAAGUCCAUGCGGAAGCUGAGCUGGUUCCCAAUGAUAGGGCAGUACCAGCUCGCAGUGUGAAAGUGCAGGUGUUCCUGAGCAGUGCUCUGAUUGCAGUAAAGGCUCAAAUACACUUCAGGAGCUCUCUACCUGUGUGUAGGAGCAGCUGGAAAGAUAAGAGAGGGCAGAGGAAGAGACCAAGUGGUUGGCUACACAGAGGGGGAAAAAAAAGUCUUGAGUUUCUGCCGAAAACUUUUUUCCCUGUGCUUGCCGUCGGUGUGCUGGUGGCACUGUAGCAUGUAUAGGAAAGCUGCUGUAACCACGGUCUCUAAUGGAAGCUACUUUCAGGGGCAAGCUAAUGGCAGGUUGCCCUCUAUGGACAGCGAACAGCCAGCCCAGGAGGGAAAAGUUGUGCUGAAGAAGAAAGUGACACUUUUGAGAGGGAUAUCCAUCAUAAUUGGCACUAUCAUUGGAGCUGGCAUCUUCAUCUCUCCCAAAGGCAUCCUAAAGAACACGGGCAGCGUGGGCAUGUCCUUGACUGUCUGGACAGUGUGUGGUAUCCUCUCGCUCUUCGGUGCCCUCUGCUAUGCUGAAUUAGGAACAUGUAUUAAGAAAUCUGGUGGUCACUACACCUACAUCCUGGAGGCCUUUGGCCCCUUGCCUGCUUUUGUGAGAGUCUGGGUUGAGUUACUCAUCAUUCGCCCUGCUGCCACAGCAGUGAUAUCAUUGGCCUUUGGACGUUACAUUUUGGAACCUUUCUUUAUGCAGUGUGAAAUCCCAGAACUUGCAAUUAAACUUAUUACAGCUGUUGGCAUCACGCUGGUGAUGGUCCUGAACAGCACAAGUGUCAGCUGGAGUGCCCGCAUACAGAUAUUCCUUACCUUUUGCAAGCUUGUAGCAAUUCUGAUAAUUAUAGUCCCUGGAGUUAUCCAGCUAAUUAGAGGAGAAACACAGCACUUUAAAAAUGCCUUUGCGGGGAAUGAUGCCAGUGUUAUGGGAUUACCACUUGCUUUCUAUUCAGGAAUGUAUGCCUAUUCAGGCUGGUUUUACCUCAAUUUUGUUACUGAAGAAGUGGAAAACCCUGAGAAAAACAUACCCCUCGCAAUAUGCAUUUCAAUGAUUAUCGUCACAGUUGGCUAUGUGUUAACAAACGUGGCUUAUUUCACUACAAUCAGUGCUGGGGAAUUGCUCCUUUCAAAAGCUGUAGCAGUGACCUUUGCUGAACGGCUGAUGGGAAACUUUUCUUUAGCUGUACCAGUAUUUGUUGCUCUCUCCUGCUUUGGAUCUAUGAAUGGCGGCAUUUUCGCAGUCUCCAGGAUGUUCUUCGUUGCAUCCCGUGAGGGUCACCUUCCGGAAAUUCUCUCCAUGAUUCAUGUCCGCAAGCACACUCCUCUGCCAGCUGUCAUUGUUUUGCAUCCUCUCACAAUGAUAAUGUUAUUCACCGGGGAUCUCUACAGCCUCCUGAAUUUCCUCAGUUUUGCCAGGUGGCUUUUUAUUGGAUUGGUAGUUGCUGGGUUGAUUUAUCUCAGAUAUAAACGUCCUGAUAUGCCUCGUCCUUUCAAGGUACCUCUAUUUAUUCCAGCGUUGUUUUCCUUCACCUGCCUCUUCAUGGUUGCAUUGUCACUUUACUCUGAUCCAGUGAAUACAGGGAUUGGAUUUGCAAUAACCCUGACAGGAGUUCCUGCCUACUACCUCUUUAUUGUAUGGGACAAGAAGCCAAAGUGGUUCAGAAACCUCCUAGACAAGCUAACUGUGACAUUGCAAAUCCUCUUGGAAGUUGUCCCAUCAGAGGAAGACCAGAAAUCAUGAUCAUCAUGUACAGCUUUUGGCUUGGUGUUUCAUCUCUACCUGAAGAGGGCAGAGGGAUUUAUCCCCUUACCUUACCCUUGUUCUGCAAACUGGAGGAACAAGUAGCAGCUGAGAUGGAUACUGAGAGAGUCAAUUACCAGAACUACAUUUUAUGAUGUUGCAAAUUUUUGUUUUAAUAUGAUGGGUUUAUGCAUAGAAAGCAAGAACUUGUGCUACGAGGGAGCUAAUCUCUUCCCUAUUUCUUUUGUUACAGUGUCAUAUUUUAACAAACCUUAGGUUCUUCAGGCUAGGAUUUUGGAUGCAUUGUCACUGAAAAUAGGUUUAAGUAAUGUGUAAGUAGUAGUCACGUGUACUGUGAAGAAUGUAUCCUGCUUGCUGUCCCUGAAGAACCUGACUCUCCUCAGAGAAAGGGUGAGAUAAAGCUGCUGAGUUUCACUUACUAGUGUUCUUCCCGUCAGUCCACUUGUUAGCCUGAUCUGAUGACUUCUGGCUCACCAGGAGCACCAACAUGCUGAUGCAAAAGCACAACUGUUUCCACACCUUUGUGGUGGCAAAGGUUUCUUCAUUCCAGAGUUGUUAUACUAUAGCUAUAUAUACUAUACUAUAUAGUUAUACUAUAUACUGUACUAUAGGAACAUCUCCUGAGAAUUAGUAUUCCUGACAGUGAGGCAGGAAGAUUUUAGCCUGGGGACUAAUUUUAUACAUGUUAAAGUUUCUACCAGUCUGGAAUUGGUUACUGUUUCAGCCAAUGUUUCUCUGUGUACAUAGGUAUAGGAAAUACAGCAACUGAGUAAUCACCUCCAAAUGAGCGAAAGCAUUUAGAUGCAGCCUCCGUUGCUGUAUGAGUAUUUUCUAUCUGGAGGCUUGUGGACCUGCAGUUAUCAGUCAGGCAAAACUGAUUUUAGAGUUUUAUAUCGUUGUCAGUGGGCAGAAAUCAAUAAUAGUUACUACUAAGAAUACUGUAUAGACAAGGCAAUAAAUGAAAUACCUUUUUAUGAAAGGUAUAAGGCACGCUACAACAGAUCUGUUGAUUUGAGCAGGAUAUUUGCCUAAUCUCUGGGCUUGAGAUUCAAGCACACUCCAAUUAACUGGGCUCUGAAACACCAAGGAAAAGGUGCUCUGCCGAUGUCUUCUUCCCAGUUUUAUCUCAGCAGAAACAGAGAAAGGCCAUGAAAACUGAUAAACGAAAUUCAUCUUUGGAAUGAUGUUCAAGCUGAAAUUUGGCUCAAACCUGAGCUCAUUUUACCUUUUUUAAAAACAGUUGUAGAUGAAAAGAUUUUUAAUGCUUAGAAAUUCAGUUUUAUAUUGUUAGACUACUCAACCUUAAGAUUAAGGUUUGUUAUCACUCAAUCAAGAAUACAAUGCUUAAAUAUUGAAUGCACUACUGUUUUAGCUGUAUGCUGUCAGCAAGUCAUAUGUUUCAAGGAAACUUUUAUGGAACUAAGCAACAUUAAACUUCCUAAAUUGGGAGAAAAGUACAACUGGUAGCCAUACCACUACAAUAGAGGGAGACUGUGUAUUGUAUAUAUGUUGUAUAUAUCCAGAAUAUCAACUGUUUUAAGGGUGUACAGUAAAAUGCCUUAAAUUUAUACAUGUUUUUCUUUCUUGUAUUUCUGUGGUGGAAUUUCAUAGAAGUAGAGAAAUGUGAGCAAUUAAUUCUGUAGAAGAGUGGUAAUUUAAGACACAGAAAACAUCUUGCAAAUACUUUUUUCUUAAAAUGUUUUCUGUUUGCAGUAACUUAAAAUGUUAUUUGAAACUUUUUUAGGCAAACCUUUUGAGAGCGAUUUUUAUACUGACAGUGCAUGUGUUUCAUUAGUAUUUGCAUUUGGGUCAAAAUUCUGCUUUUGAUGCCAUCUCCUGCCAUCCCAGUCCUCCAGAGUUUAGCCUGUGUCAUUGUGGAGCAUCUUCAGAGUAUACAAACUGCACUUCUCUCUGAUAAAAAUAGACUACAUGAUGCCCUCCAGGACUGCAACUAACACACUCCUCUGCUGAUGGAUGCUGAGUGCACAGGAUCCCACCAGGGCUAGUCCAAAGCGAAAACACCUGAACACUGGUAGUGUGGGUGCCAGGUUUUCAGCAUCAACUGUUUAAUUCCAAGCAUUCACUCCUGUUGUGCCACAUUACUUGAAAGUUUAAAUGGAGGCAAUGUUAACUUAUGGAAAUAAAUGGGCUCUGUAGAUAUAA